GUAAAUAGUCUUUAAAAAAAGAUAUUAAGGAAUUCUACAUGAUCUGCAUGGAAAAAGUGAAUGACAUCAUCUCUAGAAGUUAAAGUCCCAUUCCGGUUUGACUGUAUCGCACCGUGGCCGUGGACUUUGAUUGGAGAGCUGGGCGAAGAGACGAGUCAGCGGGGGUUUCUUGCACAAUCCUUCAGCGUGAAGUUGCAACCAGUUGUGCCCAAAUAACUUUUUGAAUGAACCGACUGGAGACUGGAGUUAGAAACCAUAAAACACAAUGCACUUUUUAAUUUCAACAACUUCAUAAAAUUCAAGAGUUUUGUAUUUCCGAUUGCAUAAUCUUGACUUCGUUCAACCCAUAUCAUAAGCAACACGCUCCGAGCACGAAGAUGAAGAUACCAGAGCCAAUCUGUGUUUUUGUGCUGUCGCUAUCGGCCAUUCCAAUAACCUACACGGUAAACAACACCCCUGCUUCGGAAGAUCCCUUCGCUGUACUGGGAAUUGGAGUGGCUGUACUGGUGGUGCUUUUUUUACUGGUGUGCUCUGCCGCCCGCAGCAGUCCUCCACAAGACCCCCUCUUCUACGUGUUCACUGUUUUCUCGUUCACUUGCGUCAUUGAUCUGAUCAUCUCUCUGGAACAAGACGGCUUCAUCAGCGGCUUCAUGGACUUCUACAUCAAGGAGGGAGAGCCCUACCUGCGCACUCCUUAUGGGAGGAUGAUCUGUUACUGGGACGGCACGGUGCACUACGCUCUGUACCUCAUGAUGGUGACGAGGAUAUCAAAGAGACAGGGCUACCGCAGCGCCGGUCUCUACUGGCUGGGCUCCAUCCUUCUCAGUAUGAUCGUCUUCCUGGCCGGGAACGUAGUUGGUAAAUAUGGUUCUGACAUCCAUCCUGCCUUCCUGUUGAACAUCCCCUUCCUCUUCCUGCCGGUGUGGACGGGGGUGAAAGUGUCCCAGAAGCCCAGGAACCUGACGCCCAGAGCUGCCGACGAGGUUGCUGUUGAACAGCAGAAGCUGCCUCACCAGCGCCCCCUAGAUCUGCUCCUGCUCGUGUUCCUGUUCUCCGCCAUCGCCUACACCCUCUUCAGAGGAUUCGUAGCCCUCGAUUGCCCUUUAGAGUCCUGCUUCAACUACAUCUACCAGUACGAGCCCUACCUGAAAGAUCCCGUAGCCUACCCCAGGGUCCAGAUGCUGGUGUACCUGUUCUAUGCACUGCCCCUGCUCUGUCUCUUUGUCUACGGGCUGCUGAAGCCUGGCUGCAUUUGGAUGCUGGACUGGACCCUUGUCUUCGCAGGAGCUGUAGCCCAGGCUCAGUUCACACACAUCGGGGGGUCCCUGCACCCCUGGACCCCCUACACAUACCGGGUCCCCGAGGAGACAGUGUGGCCCUUUCUGCUGAUGAACCUCCUGUAUGCUUUGGGACCCCAGAUCCUGGCCCUGCGCUGCCUGAUGCACCCCGAAUUCUUCCUGAGCCCCGCGGUCCUCAGAGAGGCAGACCAAGACAAGAAGAUCCAAUAACUGCAGACAGGACCUCCCCUCACUUCUCUGGACUGGACUUCGGAGUCCUAGCCAUUCGUUGGGAGUUUUGGUGCUAAUAUGUCAUGUGUGUAAUGGUUUAAUUAAUGUCAGACUCUUAGUUACAAAUUUCUUUCAAAUGAGUUCAAGAUUGCCAGGAAAGAAUUGCACAAUACAACAGUCAACACUGUUCUGUCUUUUAUAAAUGUUAUCAAAAGUUUGUUCAAAAGUAGGAAAGAAGGUUGAUCUCAAAAUAGCAGAAAUCGGCACAUUCCUGUCGGCAAGGAAGAAUGAUCAAACAGCAUCUCAGUUCAGCGUAAAUACCAAUUCCGUGUGAAAGCUGGGAAAACAUUAACGGUCUAUAAUUUGUCUACUCUGUAAGAACUGAUUAUAUUCUUAAGUCGGUAACAUAACCUCUUGCGUUAUCUCCAUUCCCCUUGCCCUAGAAAUUGUCAUUUUAACCUUUGUAAGGGUGCUGGAAUGCAUUCCCUGUCUUUGUAAAACUGGAUCUUUGUUCUAAAAAGGUGUGCACCUAAACUUCAAACAUGCUUGUUGAGGGACGUUUCUGCAGUGCACAGUUACAGCAAUGCCAAAGAUUAACUGUGUAAAUGUGCACUGUGAUUUACGUAUUUGCCAUGCUUUACCAAGAGUCUGUGUAGUUUUAGAGGGAUUCUGUUUUAUUGUUUCAUUUUUUAUUUGCAUGCUGUUGGAUGGGAAGUGCCUACAGGUGGGAUAGCUGCACCUAAUAAAAUCCCAACCUUGA